AGGGGAGACCUUAGGCCAGGUCACACAGAUAGCCGUGUGAUGGCACAUUAAGCACAUAUAAAUAAUAGUAGGAUUAUACAUUAAUUACACAGACCAGGGUUCUGUGAAGGAGUUCAGGGGUGGGUGUUUGGGCCUUGACAUGUGGAUGGGGCAGUAUUAACCAGGACCGGUGGUAGGAAACCACCCACUGGCUGCCUGUGCCCACAGAGGAGUGGGGACCAUGAACUCCAGAGGUACGCUAGCUUCAGGCAUGGCUGGGUCCAGGGGCUCCCUUUCUGGCUCUGCCUUCCGCUGUGUUGGCCUCACUCCCAGGGGCAGCCCCCGUUCCGCGGGGACAGGAGACGAGCGCAGCAGCUCCAGGAGGACGCCAGCGCCACCAACAGAAAGCGGAGCUCGGUCUCGGCCGGCUGACCUGGAGCCGCUCUGUGUGGGCCCACCGGGGGCUGCCUGCCCUCCCCUCAGCCUGUCCUGUGGCCUGCUGGGUCUGGAACCCAUGGACUGCCAGGGUGUGGAGCAAGAGCCUGGGGAGGAGGAUGAACCUCCUGGACUGAGAAUAGGGAAGGGGUGGCCUCCAAAAGACCACUGGGAAAAGGGAAGGCGGAGCAGGUAGAAGCCAACUAAGGUCCCCUUCGGGGAGUGACUUAGAAACCAAAGGUGAGCAGGAGUGAGCCAGGUCAAAGGGUAGGGCAGGGAGUUCGGGGCAGAAGGAGAGGCACGUGCACCCAGCUCAGGGUGUUCAAGGAAACCACGGAGAGCAACGUGGAGGUGAGGGGACCGCAGUGGGCUGCUGAGGGCACACGCUCAGGGGCGGGUUAGGGUUUCAGUCCAAGUCUGUCAGAGGGGAGAGAGGUGUUGACGUGACCUGAUUCAUGUUUUAAAAAGCCUGAGCUGCAAGGGGGCCGGACUGCAGAUGCCCUCUUCCUCAGGUGCCCGCUCCGCACCUCCUAACGCGUCCCCAUGCCCUCCCUCUGCCCACACACCUCCCCUCUCACCUACCUCUGCAUCCCCACACACCCCUCCCAUUGCCCUUCACACCCUUUGUGUCACCUCUGGGCACCCAGCCUCCCACCUUGGAGCAGGUCCCAUGAUGGUGGUAAAAAUAACUGACAGCAUGAGAAGGCGGGGGGAGGAGGGAGGCUGAGAGGCCCUGCCCCUACACCAAGGAAGGGACCCUUGAUGUUGAGAGCAGGGAGGCGCCCUCUCUUGAUCCCUGAAGGUGGGCGCUGAGCUCCGCCCCUCCCCCUCCCCCACGGGUCCUGGGGGACCCUGGGCCACACAGAUGGGUCACCUCGGUCAGGCGCACACCCGGCACCAGCAGCGACCCGCGCUAAGAGGAGGAGCCCUCGGGGAGGUCCCGGCUGCCACCCAGGACCCCCCUCAGCACCCGUAGUGAUGCCACUUUACUGUGUCGUGUUGGCCCCGUGUGGUCCCCUCCUAUCCAGUCCAAGGGGGCUCCUCUGAGCCCCCGCCCCGAGUCUGAGCCCCCAUGGCGGGCACCGCAGCAGCGAGCCGGAGGCGGCCCCAGCGGGUGAGCAUGCAGGAGCACAUGGCCAUCGAUGUGAACCCAGGACCCAUCCGGCCCAUCCGCCGCAUCUCCGACUACUUCCCGCACUUCUACCCCUUUGCUGAGCCGGCCCUGCGCGCCCCAGACCCGCACCCUGCAGUGGCUCCUGCCAUCGGCUCUGCGCCCCCGCUGCAGCCCAACCCAGAGCCAGAGGGAGACUCGGACGACAGCACUGCCCUGGGCGCCCUGGAGUUCACGCUUCUUUUUGAUGCGGACAACAGCGCCCUGCACUGCACGGCUCACCGCGCCAAGGGCCUCAAGCCACCAGCCUCAGGCUCCGUGGACACCUAUGUCAAAGCCGAUCUGCUGCCAGGGGCCAGCAAGGCCAGCCAGCUGCGGACACGUACAGUUCGGGGCACAGGGGGACCUGUCUGGGAAGAGACACUCACUUAUCACGGCUUCACCCGCCAGGAUGCUGGGCGCAAGACCCUGCGGCUGUGUGUGUGCGAGGACCUGCGGCUGCGGCGACGUCGGCGAGCGCCUCCCCUGGGGGAGCUGCGGGUGCCCCUGAGGAAGCUGGUGCCCAACCGAGCCAGGAGCUUCAACGUGUGUCUGGAGAAGCGGAGGCUGACCAAGAGGCCCAAGAGCCUGGACACGUCCCGUGGCAUGUCCCUGUAUGAGGAGGCAGCGGAGGCAGAGGCGGCUGGGGAGGAACGAGGGCGCAUCUUGCUGUCACUGUGCUACAGCUCUCAGCGGGGCGGGCUCCUGGUGGGGGUGCUGCGCUGCGCCCACCUCGCCCCCAUGGACACCAAUGGCUACUCGGACCCCUUUGUCCGCCUUUCCCUGCAUCCCAACAUGGGCAAGAAAUCUAAAUACAAGACCAGCGUUUGGAAGAAGACCCUGAACCCCGAGUUCAAUGAGGAGUUCUUCUACGAAGGCUCACGGGAGGAGCUGGCCCAGAAGACACUGCUGGUGUCUGUGUGGGACUACGACCUGGGCAUAGCUGACGACUUCAUUGGUGGGGUGCAGCUGAGUGGCCGGGCCAGUGGGGAGCGCCAGCGGCACUGGAGAGAGUGUCUGGGCUGCAGUGACCGCCGGCUGGAGCUGUGGCACCCGCUGGACGGUGCGCCCCUCCAGCUCAGCGAUUAGCGGGGGCACCUGGCCCGGCCCUGCUCACUGUUUCUCCCCCAAACCGACCUGGUCUCCGCAGAGCUGGGAGGACCUAAGGCUGCCUCACUCACCACACCCAGCACCCCAUCAAGUUGUUUCCUGUCUUUUCCCAUCAUACUUGCCCAUUAUCAAACCAGGAAGCAGGAAUAAACCUCUCCUCCAAACAAG